UGACCUUCCUCUCUCUCUUCCAUAUUUCUCUCCUCUUCUUCUCCGCUUCUGUCUUUUUCUUCCCAAAAAUAACAUCUCUCUCAACAGUGAACAAGAUAGAAAGACUUCACUUAUACAAGAGAAGAAGGAACUAUAAACCAAAGCCUUACUUACAAUUUUUAUUUUUAUUCUUUUUGAUCGCCGGGAAAAUGGUAGUAACGUCCAACAUCGCCGUCUCCCGGCGACUUUUCCCGGCUAUAGAAUGUCACACGUUUUUUACGAGGCUACAAAAUCCAACUCCCGCUUAAAACCCUCUUCUUACUAAAGCCUCGAAAUUUCCGAUUCUUUUUUUCUCUUUCUCAUCUUCCUUACAUCGAAAAUUUAGAAAUUUUUCUCUGAUGGCGACGGCUAACAACAACGCUCAUCAGCAACAACAGACUCCACCACCGCCUCCUCCUGCUCCUCCGGCGACGGCGAUCGAUGGACUCACGACAGACGAGCUAACAGCAAAAGCUUUAAACAAGAGAUACGAAGGUUUAAUGACGGUGAGAACUAAAGCAGUGAAAGGUAAAGGCGCGUGGUAUUGGACUCAUCUUGAACCAAUCCUCGUACGCAACACCGACACUGGUCUCCCUAAAGCCGUGAAGCUCCGUUGUUCUCUAUGCGACGCCGUUUUCUCCGCCUCUAAUCCUUCCCGCACCGCUUCUGAGCAUCUCAAACGCGGCACUUGUCCCAAUUUCAACUCUGUCACUCCCAUUUCCACCAUCACUCCCUCUCCUCCUACCUCUUCCUCCUCUUCUCCUCACACUCCUCACCGCAAACGCAACUCCUCCGGCGCUGUCACCACCGCCGUUCCUUCCCGGCUCAACCCUCCUCCCAUCGGCGGCUCUUACCACGUCACGCCUAUUACCGUCGUCGAUCCUUCCAGGUUCUGCGGAGGGGAGCUGCAUUACUCUACCCCAACGCCGCAGCAUAUGAUGCUCUCCGGCGGAAAAGACGAUUUGGGUCCUUUGGCUAUGCUUGAAGACAGUGUGAAGAAGCUCAAGAGUCCUAAACCGUCGCAGACUCAGUCUCUUACCAGAUCGCAGAUAGAGUCAGCUUUAGAUUCUCUCUCUGAUUGGGUCUUCGAAUCUUGCGGCUCUGUUUCUCUCUCCGGUCUGGAGCAUCCAAAGUUUCGAGCUUUUCUGACACAAGUCGGAUUACCAAUCAUCUCCAAGAGAGACUUCGCCACCACGAGACUAGACUUGAAGUACGACGAGGCAAGAGCAGAGGCUGAAUCCAGAAUCAGAGACGCCAUGUUCUUCCAAAUCGCAUCGGACGGCUGGAAAACAGGGGAGUCCGGCGAGAAUCUAGUUAAUUUGAUUGUGAAUUUGCCCAACGGGACGAGCCUGUACAGAAAGGCAGUUCUGGUGAACGGAGCUGUGCCGUCGAACUACGCGGAGGAGCUUUUGUUGGACACGGUGAAGGGCAUUUGCGGAAGUUCACCUCAGAGAUGUGUUGGGAUAGUCUCUGAUAAGUUCAAGACCAAAGCACUUAGGAAUCUUGAGAGUCAGCAUCAAUGGAUGGUGAAUCUGUCUUGUCAGUUUCAAGGGCUCAGCAGUUUGAUCAAAGAUUUCGUAAAAGAGCUGCCUUUAUUCAAAUCCGUCUCACAAAACUGUGUGAGGCUCGCCAAGUUCAUCAACAACACUGCGCAGAUACGAAACGCACAUUGUAAGUAUCAGUUGCAAGAACACGGCGAAUCUAUAAUGCUUAGAUUGCCUUUACAUUGCUAUUACGACGAUGAACAUAGAAGCUGUACUAGUAGUAGUAGUAACAAGGUUUGUUUCUUCGAGCCGUUGUUUAAUCUACUUGAAGAUGUGUUGAGUUCGGCUAGAGCAAUUCAGUUGGUAAUGCAUGAUGAUGCUUGUAAAGUUGUUUUAAUGGAGGAUCAUAUGGCUAGGGAGGUCAGAGAUAUGGUUGGAGACGAAGGGUUUUGGAACGAGGUAGAGGCGGUUCACGCUUUGAUCAAGCUUGUCAAAGAGAUGGCUAGGAGAAUAGAGGAAGAGAAGCUUCUUGUAGGGCAAUGCCUCCCGUUAUGGGAUGAGUUAAGAGCUAAGAUUAAAGAUUGGGAUUCUAAGUUUAAUGUAGGGGAAGGAUAUGUGGAGAAACUCGUUGAGAGAAGAUUCAAGAAGAGUUAUCAUCCAGCUUGGGCUGCGGCUUUCAUACUCGACCCUCUUUACUUGAUAAGAGAUAGCAGCGGGAAGUAUCUUCCUCCAUUCAAAUGUUUGUCCCCCGAGCAAGAGAAAGAUGUAGAUAAGUUGAUCACAAGGCUUGUGACAAGAGACGAGGCACACAUUGCAUUGAUGGAACUAAUGAAAUGGAGAACCGAAGGGCUAGAUCCUAUGUAUGCACGGGCGGUCCAGAUGAAAGAGCGCGAUCCGGUUUCUGGUAAGAUGAGGAUAGCGAAUCCUCAAAGCAGUAGACUUGUUUGGGAGACGUAUCUUAGCGAGUUCAGGUCACUAGGGAAAGUUGCAGUAAGACUCAUUUUCCUUCAUGCCACUACCGGCGGGUUCAAAUGUAAUUCCUCUCUUUUGAAAUGGGUAAACUCGAACGGGCGGUCACAUGCAGCCAUAGAUCGAGCUCAGAAGCUGAUCUUCAUAUCGGCUAACUCGAAAUUUGAAAGGAGAGACUUCUCAAAUGAAGAGGAUAGGGAUGCAGAGCUGCUUGCAAUGGCUAACGGUGAGGAUCAUCAUCUGCUAAACGAUGUUCUUGUCGAUACAUCCUCGGUGUGACAUUUUGAAUCUCUUUUUUGAUCAAUUUGAUUUCAGCUUAGUAUUUUUUUUUCAAUAGAAUCUGGCAUUUCGUAGGAUUGUUUAAAUUCUUUACUUUCAUUUACUAGUAGUAUCUCAUACUAUAUCCAUUAAUAUUCAAUUUGUACUUGGUUUCUUUAGAAGGUCGAUAUGUGAUUUGAGUAUUUGUAUUUCUUGAGUAGCCUAUCUAUACCAUAAUUUUUCGACAAAA